UAUCGAAAUUUAACCGUCACUAAUCCAUCUGUGUGCGGAAAAAAAUUAUUUGGGUUUUCUUGGUAAAUUAGUUAGCAAUAAUGAAUCUGAUAAGCGGCAUAAAGUUAUACAUUGAGAAAAUGUGCGCUGAGUCGGGACCCGGCAUGAAAAUUAUCCUGCUCGACAAGGAAACGACCAGUAUAAUUUCGAUGGCCUUUAGUCAGUCGGACAUGUUGCAACGGGAGGUUUACCUUUUCGAACGGUUGGACUCUGGAAGAUCUAACGAGCGGUUGAAGUACCUAAAGUGCAUCGUCUUUAUACGCCCCACCAAGCAGAAUAUCCAGCUCCUGGCCAACGAGCUGCGGAAUCCCAAAUACAGCGCCUACUACAUAUAUUUCAGCAACAUCAUACCCCGGACAGACAUCAAGUACUUGGCAGAGUGUGACGAAUCCGAGUCGGUACGGGAAGUAAAAGAGCUGUAUGCGGACUACCUCUGCGUUAAUCCCAAUUUAUUCUCCUUGAGCAUACCCAACUGCAUGGCCAACCUUAACUGGUUGCCGGAUGCACUUACACGUAGCAUGCAGGGUAUCACAGCAGUGCUACUCUCCUUGAAAUUAAACCCAGUAAUUCGUUACCGAGCGGGCUCCCAGGCAGCUCAGCUUUUGGCCAAGCUGAUUUACGAGCAGAUAACCAAAGAGUCCUCCCUGUUCGACUUUCGAUCAAACAUGGAUGGUGCUGCACCCCCGCUACUGCUCGUGCUGGACCGUAGAGAUGACCCAGUGACGCCGCUACUGCAUCAGUGGACAUACCAAGCCAUGGUCCAUGAGCUUUUGCAUAUCAAAAACAAUCGAUUGGACCUGUCCAAUCGCCCUAACGUACCAAAGGACUUCAAGGAGCUGGUUUUGUCCGGUGAUCAGGAUGAGUUUUAUGGAAACAACAUGUACGCGAACUAUGGCGAGAUUGGAUCCACCAUUAAGCAACUAAUGGAGGAAUUUCAGCGCAAGGCCAAUGACCACAAGAAGGUGGAGAGCAUAGCGGACAUGAAGAACUUUAUUGAGUCGUAUCCGCAGUUUAAGAAAAUGUCCGGAACCGUGCAGAAGCAUUUGUGUGUAAUUGGCGAACUUUCGGCGCUAAGUAACAAGCGAAAUCUUUUCGAGGUCUCCGAGCUUGAGCAGGAGAUUGCCUGCAAGGCGGAACACUCGGCCCAGCUGCAGCGCAUUAAGAAACUGAUUGCAGAUGAGCGUAUGUCCAUCGAUGAUGCUCUCAAGCUUGUUGCCCUUUAUGCGUUGCGGUACGAGCGACAUGCCAAUUGCGACACAUCCGGAUUGCUGCAGAUUAUCAAGUCGCGAGGGGGUCGAGCUGCUGUAGUGCCGUCGCUGAUCGAGUAUGCUGGAACUCAUGUCCGCCAGGGAGAUCUCUUUAAUAUGGUGCGAAUCACGGAUGCCGUCAAGCUAACCCGAAAUCUGAUUAAAGGCCUUAAGGGUGUGGAGAAUGUCUUUACUCAGCACACGCCACUACUUAAGGAGACACUCGAGGAUGUUUUUAAGGGUCGUGAGUUAGAUCCUCUCUUCCCGGCCAUAAAUUCUGAGCUCGUACCAUUCCGACGACCACCGCAGGAAGUGGUGGUCUUUAUUAUUGGUGGAGCCACGUACGAGGAGGCUUUAGCCGUACAUCAGUUAAAUAAUGCUGGCUAUAGGGUCAUCCUUGGUGGCACCACCAUUCAUAACUCCCAGAGCUUUAUCCAAGAGGUCAUCGCCGCCACUAGUGGUAUCCAAUUUAAGCACACUAAAUCCAUGAUCAAAUACUGUUCUACGGAUAAUAUUUAAAUAAUUUUUCAAAUAGCCCCAAUUAUAUUGUUAACUAUUUAUUAACUACAUAUGCAUGUGCAUAAUCCCUCUAUAUACUUCAUAGUUGCAAAAUUGUUUAAAAGAUUUCGAAGAUUUAACUUUUAUGCUCUUUUAGCUUUACUUUAUCUGAUUUCCGGUAAGUUUUUAAUUUCGGAAAACGAUGGGUUUUAUUACUAAGCUUAUUCCAUUAAAAUCCAUUGAGAUACAUAAUCCUUUAAGCAUAUUCCAUGUAAUAUAUCUGUAAACAUAUUUAUUGAUGUUCUCGAGAGAAACUUAAGGCAACGCCUUUGACGAAAUGUAUUAUAUUCAACUAUAUAUAUGUAAAAAAAUA